GGGGGAGGUGGAGAAGAAACAAAAACAAUCGCUCGAGCGCCGCCAUCUUGGCUCGCUUCUCUGCACCACGCAAGUGAAUGGGUAGCUAUGAAAUUACCACAGGGGAGCAGCAAGGUACGGAGGGCUACUCAGCGCUACCAGCCGGGCCUGCGCGACGAUAAAAGCGGUGCUUUCCCUUUCCUUCUGUUCUUCGGUUUCCGCCGCCGCCUCGAGGGAAAAUCUCGGCAGGGCCCUUUCUCUUUCUCGCCGUCGGCUCUUCAACUUCGCUACCCAGAGCUCAAAGUUGGGCUUAGCCGCCUUUUCGCCGCCGCCAUCCAAGAGACCGGAGAGUUGGACCUCGGAGCAGCAGGCUUUUCGCAGUCUGGGAGGAAGAGUUAGGAGGAGAAAAAAGGCGAGGGGGCUCCUCGACCGCCCGCCUUCCCUUGUUCUCGCUGCACAGGCUCCUCUGGUCUACGCUGCAUGGAAGGCACAACAAGAGGAGAGAAAAAGGCGAGCAAGGAUUGACCGGGCUCCGUGCCCUCACCCGCCCCAUUCUCAUCCACUCGCUGCGGGCGUGAGGAAAAGGGAGGAGGAGGAGGAGGAGGAAGAGGAGAAGGAGAAGGGGAAAAAAAGGGAGGAGAAGCAAACAAAAGCCAAAUUGGACCGCGGACGAAAAAAACAAAACCAAGCCCGCCUGGCUCCAAACCGAUCGAAGGGGUAAAACCCGAUGGUAAACGGUGAAUUGGUGACAGUUGAGAGCGGAGGGCAAAACAAGAGGUGCCCGCCGACAAACGCCUCGAAGAGCUUGAAGCGGGUUUUGUUGCUCCAAGAGAAAAGAUCUUUCUUUACCCGCCAGCCCGGCCGCUUAUAAAGACCGAUAUACCCGUAUUUGACUCCGUGUUAGAGCAUCGCUUCACCUAUUUUAUUUGAGACCUUUUUAUGCUACUACUUCAGCAAACCUCUCGGAAGGCUCUUGAGUCUUUUUUUUUUAAAAAAAAAAAAUAAGAUUUUUUUAGAAUCGUGAAGAAAAAUCACCUUUUAAUAUCUGGAAAGAGCAUCGUCUCCUUCCCACCCUCAUUUUCAUGUGAUUUCAGAUACCAAAUACAAAGGCGGUUUUUAAGUAUAGUCUGGGCACUUGAAUGGGGGACUUCUUGUCAGAGUUGGGCAAAUGGGAAAAACAAACGGAUGGAAUAAACAAGUGGAAGUAUUUUUCUUGUCUAGAUAAGGACUCUCCAUUCCUUCCUUAGAUGUGUGAUUUUACAGAGGACUGAUUACCUCUUGUUUGCUCUCCACAUUUGUUAAUAGGAAACACCAGUGUUUUACGAAUUGGUUUCCUAUUGGUUGUUACAUCGAAGGCAUAUUUAUUUUGACACUUUGAAACGAAGACGAAACUGUUUUCUCAUCCAGAUACUACAUUGUGUAAAAGCAGUGUGAAGACAGUAUUGUUUACUAAUAUUUGUGCGUUUUGCCUGUUUCCAGGGCAUAUGGGAAAUACCAUUUGACAUUGAAGAAAAUACAUUGUGCUUCGGGACAGUUAUUAGUUUAACAUUCAGCUGCUUCGUUGUUAAAUGUUAAUUGUUCAUCUUUUAACAGUUAACAUCCUCUUAUGAAUUGGAUUUUUUGCCAUUGUUAGGACAGAAGCCAAAUGAUGUGUGUGUUUCCAAAUGUACUGGAGGGUCAAUUGAAAAAGAGCUAGAGAGACUAUAUUAUAGAAGCUGGAUUUUAUUCUUAUGGAUGCGUUAUUUUCCAAAUACAUUAUUAUCACUUUGAGGAAGUGAGGGACGGAUUUUUGUGUUUGUAAGAUCUCAGAAGGUGGAUAUAGCAUUUUUUCCCCUGUUGAUUCUAACUAUUUGGAAAAUGGGAGCUGCUACAAAGCUGGUGUUUGCUGUUUUUCUUAUAUCUUGUUCUUCAGGUGCCAUACUAGGCAGAUCAGAGACGCAGGAGUGCAUCUUCUACAAUGCUAAUUGGGAAAAUGAUAAGACAAAUCGUAGUGGCAUUGAACUAUGCUAUGGUGACAAAGAUAAAAGAAAACACUGCUUUGCAACAUGGAAGAAUAUUUCUGGAUCUAUUGAAAUUGUGAAAAAGGGUUGCUGGUUGGAUGAUAUUAAUUGUUAUGACAGGACCGACUGUAUAGAAAAGAAAGAUAGCCCUGAAGUGUUUUUCUGCUGCUGUGAGGGCAACAUGUGCAAUGAACAUUUUUUCUACUUUCCAGAGAUGGAGGUCACACAACCUACUUCGAAUCCUGUGACAACUAAACCACCUCUGUUUAGUACCUUGCUUUACUCUCUUGGACCUAUAAUGGGAAUAGCAGUGAUUGUACUCUUUUCAUUUUGGAUGUACAGACACCACAAAUUAGCAUAUCCUCCAGUACUUGUACCAACCCAGCAUGCCUUUCAUAUAAUGAUAGAGGACCCUGGACCACCACCUCCAUCACCAUUGAUGGGCCUAAAGCCAUUGCAAUUACUAGAGAUCAGAGCUAGAGGAAGGUUUGGCUGUGUCUGGAAAGCUCAGUUGUUAAAUGAAUACGUUGCUGUGAAAAUAUUCCCCGUGCAGGAUAAAGAAUCAUGGCAAAAUGAAUAUGAAAUAUAUAGCUUGCCAGGAAUGAAGCAUGAAAAUAUAUUACAGUUCAUUGGUGCUGAAAAACGAGGCACUAGUAUUGAUGUUGAUUUGUGGCUAAUAACAGCGUUUCAUGAAAAGGGUUCACUUACUGACUUCCUGAAGGCUAAUAUAGUUUCAUGGAAUGAACUCUGUCAUAUAGCUGAAACUAUGGCAAGAGGUUUGGCCUAUCUCCAUGAAGACAUUCCUGGUCUAAAAGAAGGGCAUAAACCAGCUAUAUCCCACAGGGACAUCAAGAGCAAGAAUGUGUUAUUGAAAAAUAAUCUUACGGCAUGUAUCGCAGAUUUUGGACUUGCUUUAAAAUUUGAGGCUGGGAAGUCAGCUGGUGAUACCCAUGGUCAGGUUGGUACCCGAAGAUACAUGGCUCCUGAAGUGUUAGAAGGUGCUAUAAACUUCCAGCGGGAUGCAUUUUUGAGAAUAGACAUGUAUGCGAUGGGAUUAGUUCUGUGGGAAUUGGCAUCACGAUGUACGGCAUCCGAUGGACCCGUGGAUGAGUAUAUGUUACCUUUUGAGGAAGAAGUGGGUCAGCAUCCUUCUCUUGAAGAUAUGCAGGAGGUUGUAGUACAUAAAAAGAAGAGGCCUGUUCUGAGAGAGUGUUGGCAGAAACAUGCUGGAAUGGCAAUGCUCUGUGAAACAAUAGAAGAGUGUUGGGAUCAUGAUGCAGAAGCUCGAUUAUCAGCAGGUUGUGUAGAGGAAAGGAUUAUCCAAAUGCAAAGACUAACAAACAUUAUAACAACAGAAGACAUUGUGACUGUGGUCACCAUGGUGACAAAUGUGGAUUUUCCUCCCAAAGAAUCCAGUCUAUGAUAGUAGCAGGGUCACACUUCUUGACCAAUAAGACUCAGCACUGAGACUGCCAAGUCAACUGGCCUGUUUCUGGCCAGUAAUUUUCAGCAUGGAAUAAUGGUAAGUCUGUCUCUGAAGCAUCAAUAGGAAGAUUCCUCUUUGUUCUUCUCCAGACUUGGAUCCAGAAGACUUACAGCAUAUGCCGGAGAAAAUGGCAAGAUAAUGUUAAACGUAUUUGAAGAACAUGGACCUAUCUCGGCUUGUCAGACAUUUUAAAAACUGACAUUGUAUUUCUUAACAUGUCAGACUAAUUCCUUAAAAUGAACUACUGCUAUUUUUUUUAAAUCAGACAUUUCAUUUCAGAUUUAAGAAAAAGGGUAACUUGUUUUUAUUGCAUUUGCUGUUGUGUUUAUAUAAAUGACUAUUGUAAUGCCAAUAUGACACAGCUUGUGAAUGUUUAGUGUGCUGCUGUUCUAUGUAAUCAAAGUGGGAUCUAGCAAAAAGGCUUCCAAGCAUUACUUAACCUCCCUCAACAAGGUAUACCUCAGUUCCACCUAUGCUAAAUUGAAUUGACAACACUAAUAAAACUGAAAUAAUAAAUUGAUCCAGAUUUUGUAAAUGAUGCAUUAAAAGAUUCAUGGUGUAUUUUUAAAGGUUAUAAGCUGUGCUUUAUGCCAACAGUCCAUGGCCAUUCCUAAAUGGUGUAUUAGUCUUUCCUUGUUCUAGCUUAUGUAUAAAAAAAUGUAUUGCCUUUUCAAUGACGACUUCCCCAAUUAGUUAAAAGCUUUAUCUCCAGUUCCCAAAUUAGUGUAUACGUUUAUUUUACUAAAUAUUUAGGUUUGCUGUGUCUGAUGGGAAUUUGAAAAUUUAAGCAUGAAUUUUUUAUUAUUAUUAUUUUAUUGAGCUCUGGCACUGGAAAGCUCUUAACCUCAAUUCUUUCAAAGAAGCUUUUGCUGUUCCAUGUAUAUUUUGUCUAGUGUUAUUUUCUAUUUCACUAAACGGGACACAGUGGGUCGAUCCAGACAGAGACACAUGCAACAAGAUGGUGGAAGCUACCCUUCCUUCCAUUCCCCUUCCCAGCAACCAGGCCCCUGCCCCAUCAAAAGGGGUACUGAAGCACCUCUAGCUAUUGAGGGCUGCUGUGGGAGGAAGGUGGGAGGAGGAAUAUUUCCAACCACCCAGUGCACGGGUCUAGCCCUGGACAUAACUCUAUUUCCACUGUGUCGUUGUUUCAGGAUCACCUCAGGAAGCUUCAUGACCUUGAACUCCGCACACUUUAUAUGUGUUGCCUUUUGUAGUUUCACAUCACUUGAUAUUUUUUUUUGGGGGGGGGGUGCCGGCUUGUCAGAGGAACAUUGAUCAGUGAUACAUAGGUUUAACUUGUGGUCACUAAAAAAUUUAAAAAUGCAGACUCUUUUUUUAAAAAAAAAAAACCUUUACCAUCAAAUAUGCAAUUAUUUCAAUGGAAAUGAUAAUGUAGCAUAGUCUAGCAAAAAAAAAAAAAAAACCCAAACCC